GACGCGGAUCGCGCGCUAGCCCCUUUGUUCGCUCGCUUCAGUUCCUGGUGUGCUGAUCAGAAUCUAUAAAGGACCCCGUUACUGAGCUCCAGCCCUUCUGGUCUGAAUUAAACCCAUCUCAGUGUGAAGUCUUGCUCUCGGAGUGAGCGUGAAGCCCGCCGCGGACUCCCGAGUAAUGUGAGCCGGGUCUGUUGGUGACGCUGCAGUGAGCAUUCUCGGGAUGGGGCUGGACUUUGACGUGAAGACGUUCUGCCACAACCUGCGGGCGACGAAGCCGCCCUACGAGUGUCCGGUGGACAGCUGCCGCAAGGUCUACAAGAGCUACAGCGGCAUCGAGUACCACCUCUACCACUAUGACCACGACAACCCGCCUCCGGCACAGGGCACCCCUCAGAAGAAGCGCAAGGGCCGACCGCCGCGGGCCGCCCUGCCGGGGUCCGGCGAGGGCCCCGACUCCAGCACGGGGUCAGGGGUCACGGGGCCGGGGGCCACACCGGGCAGCCCCGCCGAACGCUCCGAGUGCUCACACUCGCCCGUCAGAGAGAGCAUGACCUACGCCGAAGCCCAGCGCAUGGUGGAGCUGGAGAUCCGCGGCCGAGUCCACCGCAUCAGCAUCUUCGAGAACCUGGACGUGCUUUCGGAGGAGGACAGCGGCGCGGAGGACCCCACGUCGACAGGGACGGGCUCGGCGGCGUGUAACGGUGAGGCCGGGGGAAUCGGUAAGGACAGGUUGGACAGUUCUGCAGCCAAUGGGGAGAAGGGGCCGCAGAAAACAGGAAAGCACAAGAGCAAAGACAAAAAGAAAGACAGCAGCUCGCACCAUCACAUGAACCCACCGGUCAAGCUGCCCGAGGUGGUGUUUCGAGAGCUGGAUCAGGAGAGACCGGACGCACCCCCCCGACCCAUGUCUUACUACAGGUACAUCGAUAAGUCUGCUGAGGAGCUGGAUGAGGAGGUGGAGUACGAUAUAGACGAGGAAGACUACAUCUGGCUGGACAUCAUGAAUGACAAGCGGCGCGCUGACGGGGUGGUGCCCAUCCCUCAGGAGGUCUUUGAGUACCUGAUGGAUCGCCUGGAGAAGGAGUCCUACUUUGAGAGUCACAACAAGGGUGACCCCAGCUCUCUGAUCGAUGAAGAUGCCGUGUGCUGCAUCUGUAACGACGGUGAGUGUCAGAACAGCAACGUCAUCCUGUUUUGUGACAUGUGUAACCUGGCAGUGCAUCAGGAGUGCUACGGCGUUCCCUACAUCCCCGAGGGCCAGUGGCUGUGCCGCCGCUGCCUGCAGUCACCCUCCAGAGCCGUGGACUGCGCCCUGUGCCCUAACAAGGGCGGCGCGUUCAAGCAGACAGACGACGCACGCUGGGCUCAUGUGGUGUGUGCCCUCUGGAUUCCUGAGGUGUGUUUUGCUAAUACGGUCUUCCUGGAGCCCAUCGACAGCAUCGAGCACAUCCCUCCUGCCCGCUGGAAGCUGACCUGCUACAUCUGUAAACAGCGCGGCUCUGGUGCCUGCAUCCAGUGCCACAAAGCCAACUGCUACACCGCCUUCCACGUCACCUGUGCUCAGCAGGCCGGCCUCUACAUGAAGAUGGAGCCUGUGCGCGAGACCGGCGCUAACGGGACUUCAUUUAGCGUGCGCAAAACAGCCUACUGCGACAUCCACACGCCGCCAGGCUCCGCCCAACCGCUGGGGGGUGUGGGAGGGGCCAGCGCAGGCUCCUCCCACAGCGAGGGCGAGGCGGAGGAUGAGGAGGAUGUGGCGGGAGGCGAGGAAGACGGGAAGGGCUGGAGCUCAGAGCGCGCCAAGAGGGCCAAAGCAAAGUCACGGCUGAAGAUGAAGAAGGCCAGAAAGAUCCUGGCCGAGAGGAGAGCGGCCGCGCCGGUGGUGUCAGUGCCAUGUAUUCCACCGCACAAGUUGAGUAAGAUCACCAGUAACCUGACGGUGCAGAGGAAGGGUCAGUUCAUGCAGAGGCUGCACAGCUACUGGACGCUGAAGAGACAGAGCCGCAACGGCGUUCCUCUCCUGCGGCGUCUCCAGACGCACCUGCAGUCCCAGCGCAACGCUGAGCCGCUCCCCACCACGAGGGACGGCCAGGAGAAGCACUCGGUGUUGAAGGAGCAGCUAAAAGCGUGGCAGAGACUCCGGCACGACCUGGAACGAGCCCGACUGCUGGUGGAGCUAAUCCGCAAGAGAGAGAAGCUCAAGAGAGAGACCAUCAAAAUGCAGGAGGUGGCAUUAGAGAUGCGGUUGACUCCGUUCCUGGUGUUUUUGCGAAACGCAUUGGAACAACUGCAAGAGCGGGACACCAAUAACUUCUUCACUGAGCCUGUACCUUUAAGUGAGGUCCCAGAUUACCUGGACCACAUCGAGCGCCCAAUGGAUUUCCAGACCAUGUGGAAGUGUUUAGAGUCGCAUCGCUAUCUCAGCUUCGAAGCUUUCGAGGGCGACUUUCUGUUGAUCGUCAACAACUGUUUGAAGUACAACGCCAAAGACACGGUUUUCUACCGCGCCGCACUACGCUUGCGAGAAGCAGGUGCCGCUGUUUUACGGCAAGCUCGCAGACAGGCAGAGAGAAUCGGAUUCGAUUACGAGACAGGCAUGCAUCUUCCUCGAGAGCCAAGCCCAGAUUCACCACAUGAACGAGAGAGAGAGAGACAGCGAGACAGAGACCGAGAGAAAUCAGCAUCACUCAUUGAUGACGAGGAGCAGCUGCAGAUCCUGGAGACGCGCUACGAUGUGGUCAUAUCGGGGAAGCACAGCAUCGGCCAGUCGCGGCGAGCUAAAGUCCUGAAGAAAGAGAUGACGGUACUGAAGCGGAAACUGGCGCACCAUCGCGAGGGCAUCUGUGGCAUGGGCAGCCUCGAGUCGGGCCUGUCUCUGGAGCGCGGCUCGGUCCUCGCGCAUCACGCCUCGGGGGAAAACCGUCACGAUGAAGGAGAGAGCAGCAGCCACGAGAUCGGUGGGAAAGAUCUGAGCACAUCAUCUUCAGCUCUGGCCCCUGAGGUCGGCCGGCGUACCUCUGUCCUCUUCUCCAAGAAGAACCCUAAAGCGGCCGGGCCUCCCAAGCGCCCGGGUCGACCCCCUAAGAACCGAGAGGCGCUGCAUGGGCCAGGGCUGCUGGGGUCCAGUCCAAUAGGCCCUCCGCAGCUCGCCUCAUCCCGCAAGAGAGCCCACAGUCCCCAGUCCAGCUCCAGCUCUGAGUUCGACAGUGAACACGAUCACCUCAUCCUGGAUCUUCACAGUAAUGGUUUUGGUGGAAGCAGUCAGCCGAAGACCGAGAGUUUCCUGGUGUACAGGAACGAGCGCAGUCUGCCACGCUCCAGCUCCGACUCAGAGUCCACCAGCAGCAGCAGCAGCAGCGCCGCGUCUGACAGGACCAGCACCACUCCUUCUAAACAGGGCCGUGGAAAAGCCUCGUUCUCACGCUCUGCCUGUCAGGAGGACAGCAGCGAGGAAACGUCCGGCACGGAGAACGACUCCUACUCCAUGGGAGGAUCCCGAGGAGUGUCUCACUUGGUUCGGGGCCGGAGCCGCUCUGGAUGCUGGAUGGGUUCAGAUGACUACAGCUCUCUGGACGCUCUGGAUCUGGUGUGGGCCAAGUGCAGAGGAUACCCAUCAUACCCCGCUCUGAUCAUUGAUCCCAAGAUGCCACGGGAGGGUGUGUUCCACCGGGGCGUCCCGAUUCCUGUCCCGCCGAUAGAGGUGCUGAAGCUGGGAGAGCAGAUGACGCAGGAGGCGCGCGAGCAUCUCUUCCUCGUGCUCUUCUUCGACAACAAGAGGACCUGGUUAGUCACACGCUCAUGCUCUUUACACUUGCCGUAACUAUGUACACAAACACACACAAAUGCGUAGGUGUCUUUGCUUAGAGCUGUGUGUCUGUCAAAAGUGGUUACACUUUUAAGAGAAACCUUAACUAGACUACCUUUCAAAGGUUUGUGCUCAGUUAGAUUUUUUGAAAGAAAUUCAUACUUCUAUUGAUC